AUGGCUGAAGAAGAACACACCUUUGAGACUGUUGAAGCUGGUGCUUCCUUGACUUACCCAAUGCAAUGUUCUGCAUUGAGAAAGAACGGUUUUGUUGUUAUUAAGGGUAGACCUUGUAAAAUUGUUGACAUGUCUACUUCUAAGACUGGUAAGCACGGUCACGCUAAGGUCCAUUUAGUUGCUAUCGACAUUUUCACUGGUAAGAAGUUGGAAGAUUUGUCUCCAUCUACUCACAACAUGGAAGUUCCAAUUGUUAAAAGAACCGAAUACCAAUUGUUGGACAUUGACGAUGGUUUCUUGUCUUUGAUGACCAUGGAUGGUGAGACCAAGGAUGACGUUAGAGCUCCAGAGGGUGAAUUAGGUGAGAACAUGCAAGCUUCUUUCGAUGAAGGUAAGGACUUGAUGGUUACUGUUAUCACCUCUAUGGGCGAAGAAGCUGCUAUCUCCUUUAAGGAAGCUCCAAGAUCUGAUUAA